UGGGAUUACAGGCGUGAGCCAUGGCACUCGACCAGCUUUAGUGCAUCUUGUGAAGGACCUGGAAUGCUCGACAUUUAGGUGUUUCCAGGGUGUUGGGUGGGGGUGGGGAUGCGGUCCGCUGUCCUGAGUCCCCGGCCCUGACAGUGCCUUUGAGACCCUGCCCACCCCCUUCUGCUUUUCCCCGUCUUUCGGCCAUUCUGUUUUGUUUCUUCUGCUCACUCUGGGGCAUGCCUGGGGAAAAGGAAACCGAAACUUGGCCACCAGAGCAGGCUCGUGCGGCAACGCCCCCUGACGUGUGUGGCUCAGGCUUAUAACAGGGCUGGGUGCUGCCUGCAGGAGCCGGCGGUUGAGAGGCAGCGAACUCAUCUUUGCCAGUACAGGAGCUCGUGCCGCGUCCCACAGCCCACAGCCAUGAGCUGGGACCUGAAGGUGAAGAUGCUGGGGGGCAACGAGUUCCAGGUGUCCCUGAGCAACUCCAUGUCGGUGUCAGAGCUGAAGGCAAAGAUCGCCCAGAAGAUCGGCGUGCCCGCCUUCCAGCAGCGUCUGGCUGUCCACUCGAGCGGCGCUACGCUGCAGGACAGGGUCCCCCUUGCCAACCAGGGCCUGGGCCCCGGCAGCACGGUCCUGCUGGUGGUGGACAAAUGCGACGAACCUCUGAGCAUCCUGGUGAGGAACGACAAGGGCCGCAGCAGCACCUAUGAGGUACAGCUGACGCAGACUGUGGCCCACCUGAAGCAGCAAGUGAGCCGGCAGGAGGGUGUGCAGGACGACCUGUUCUGGCUGACUUUUGAGGGGAAGCCCCUGGAGAAUCACCUCCCACUGGGGGAGUACGGCCUCAAGCCCCUGAGCACCGUGUUCAUGAAUCUGCGCCUGCGGGGAGGCGGCACAGAGCCUGGCGGGCGGAGCUAAGGGCCUCCACCAGCAUUCGAGCAGGAUCAAGGGCUGGAAAUAAAUGUUGUUGUAAAGAGAAA